CUUGAAUGCAACAUUAUAGUUUAAAUGUCAAAUAAGGCAGAUGUGUUUAUUAGUUUAAGGUGCUUGGAGUUUCUUGAAUGAUUUUCGAAUUAGUGGAAAUAUAUAGUUACAGAUAAGAUCUAGAGGUGAAUAUAAUCACAGUAUAAGAAUCCUGUGGUUUCCUUGAAUUCCUACAGCUCAUUCAGAAGACAGUCAUGGAGAAUGACGUUUCAGAAAGAUCCCCGGGCCCAUCAAAGAUUGUUCGAGGAGGAUUUGUUCUUCUGUUGAUUGCCCUUUUAUUGUACGCUAUUGCUUUACCAUCCCCAUUCUGGAUACACGGAUCUGAUGAAAAAAAUAUUACCACUGGAAUAGAAUUUACCAAAACAAUAGAAUUUACCUUUGCCAAUAGAAAAGAAUUUUCCAGCCUGGGAAUCUGGUUUUAUUGUACAAGUGACCAUCAAACUUCGUGUACGAACUUCCUCGGUUACAACAUGAAUGGGCUUAAUGGUGUUUUGUUACGGGUUCUACAGGGAGUGUCAGGCACUGUGCUGCUUUUAUUAAUAAUUGCAGUUGUCACACUGGGUAUAAAAAUGUGUCAGAGAAAAGAUAAGAACGUGGCAUUGGUAAUAAGCAUGAUCACCAAUGCUGUUGCAGCCUUUUUGCUCCUCAUUACAAUAGCUGGGAUAGCCGGAGGUAUGUAUGUUAUCCAGACAAUUGUUCCAGAUGGUCGUCUCCAUUUUUCUUUUUUCCUUGCUGUCGCUGCAGAGAUUCUCUGUAUUGUUGUCGAGGUCCUGAUGUGUAUCCAAAGAUGUUCCGCUUAGAUGGAAUAAUUCCGGUAUAAAAUAAUUCCAUUCAU